GUCACGCAUCUCUGCUCAGAUUGGAGGUGAGGGCUGGAGGAUGUUCUUUGGCUGCAGCUCGCAUGUCUGAUUGACACAAAAAAAACGCCCUUUUGUUUGACAGAUUUUCAGAAACCGUCUUCAGCGCGCGUCGAGUCGUGUUGCCAGUCGAGCGCUUUGUGCAGAUCUUAACGCGUUUUUCCCACCGCAAAGCAUCGCAUUGAUGUGAUCAUUUUCAGGUGUUUUAUCACGGUCUGUAACCUGGUGAGAUCUAUCCAUCGGCUAACAACGUUUUUGCCUGAAUAGCUUGUAGCAAAAAAAACGGGGGUGAUGGCUAGAGAGCGGUGCCUGCGCUCAUGCCUCUGAAUGCGGCGGAGAGAGACACCUAAGCGGGUGUCACCACCACCAGCCCUGGAUGCUGCGAAGAAAGAUGGGCUAUGUCGACCCAUCGUCGGGUAAAGACAUCCUCGGCAACAGAUCUCUGUGUUUCAUAUUUAUUUGUGCAUUUGGACUCGUCACACUGUUACAACAGAUUCUCUAUGGGAAGAACUACAUCAAGAGUGCGCAACAGUUUAGCCGACUCAAAGGGGACGAGACAGGAAAUUGGAGCGGUCCCAUAAAUUUCUCGGAUGACGGAUCUCUGAAGCCUGCCAGAAAUGGAAGGAAAAGAUGUUUCCGUCAGAAUUUUCAGCCAGAUUCACAGAUCUCCGUAAUAGUCACACCCUGCCUAGCUGAUAUUAAGAAGAAAAACAAACGCCCUCAAAGGUAUCUGGAAAACUAUGGAGGCUCCUAUGAGUACAACUCCACUGCAUGCAGGGAGCUCAGGCAGGACAUUAUGGACGUCAAAGUCCUGACAAUAAACUUGGGUAAUCGGAAAAUACAUGGCCGUGGGUGUCCUUCCUCAUUCCACAAGUCUCUCUGCCUGUCUGCCAGGGUGAAAACCUCUGACUUGUUUGAGAGAUGGCGAAACCUGCAGGUGUGUAAGUGGGAGCAGAGCAAGGAGGAGACCAGCAAUUUCAAGAUGUCUCUGUCUCGCUGCUGUAACGCUCCCUCGUUCCUCUUUACCACCAAGCGAAACACUCCCGCGGGAACCAAGCUGAGAUACGAGGUGGACACCAGCGGGAUACUUCCCAUCACCACGGAAGUUUUCAAAAUGUUUCCAGAUGACAUGCCGUAUUCCAAAUCACAGUUCAAGAAAUGCGCGGUGAUUGGAAAUGGCGGCAUCAUCAAGAACAGUAAAUGUGGGAAGGAAAUCGACUCAGCAGAUUUUGUCUUCAGAUGCAAUAUACCACCUAUCAAUGACAAAUACUCAGCCGACGUUGGAACUAAAACUGAUCUGGUGACGAUAAAUCCGAGCAUCAUCACAGAGAGAUUUCAGAAGCUGGAGAAGUGGCGACGACCCUUCUACGAAGUCCUUCAGAAUUACGAGAACUCGUCCAUGGUUCUGCCCGCGUUCUACAACGUCCGCAACACUGACGUGUCGUUCCGGGUCAAGUACAUGCUGGACGACUUUGACUCUCAGAGGGGCGUGUUUUUCUUCCACCCGCAGUAUUUGCUGAACGUCCAGCGGUUCUGGGCGGUGCAGGGAGUCCGGGCUAAACGUCUGAGCAGCGGCCUGAUGCUCGUGACCGCUGCGCUGGAGUUGUGCGAAGAAGUCCACCUCUACGGUUUCUGGGCCUUUCCGAUGAACCCCUCUGGUAUCUUCAUCACCCACCAUUACUACGACAACGUGAAGCCGCGGCCGGGCUUCCAUGCCAUGCCACACGAAAUCUUCAACUUCAUCCACAUGCACACUCGCGGGAUCAUAAAUGUGCACACCGGACAGUGCACGUGAUCACUGGCGCCGAUGUAAAUCCUUUUCUAUGGUUGUGUUUUAAAUUCGACUGGUGGCGGUGGAGCAAACACUGUUUUGGCCGAACUGAACUUAAUAUCGAUGGUUGCUUGCUUUAAUUGCCAACAAAAUGGUUGUCUACGAAAUCUCUUACUGUUUAGGUUUCACGUCCCGGAGCACACACUUCCAGCUGCAAUGAAAAACAUGACUAUCGUGACAGUUACGGUGCUUUUAACUGAGUUCUAAAGUAGUGAUUGUGAGGAGAACAAUUGGUUCCUCAAAAACACAAGUGAUUUCGAACCCAGCCUCACUGGUUAUCUCUGACUUUUCUAACCACAGAAUGAUUGUGUUUGUUGUGACAAGUGGUCUUCUUGGUGAUGUUUUUGUGAAACUUUCUUGUGUUGUAUUUUUUUUUUUUGUUUGUUUUUUACCAAACACAACUUGGACAACGCGCUGAAACAGACCAAACAUGGAGUCUUUUUUUUUUACGUCCACUGACACUCUAGGGGUGUGGCAGCUUUAAGUGUGUGUGUUUAAAAGAAAACCCUGGUUUUAACAUAUAAAGCAAACAGACGUGGAAUUGUCUACUUUUGUAAUCUAUUUCCAGCUCACCGCAUUUCCUUGGGUGAAAUCUUAAAUUGGCCUGUUUUUAGUGGCCUUAGAUAUAUUUUGAAAUUUUCUGGUGAGAGUAAAAGCAAGCCGUUUCUUCCUUUGAUCCCGCUCAAAAUGCAGAACCAUCAUCUUCAAAGCUGUCCAACUGUUGAGUGAUGUCGCCCUCUUGCCAUCAUUUAUGUCUUAAGCCAUGCUGCCUUAUGAGAUUUCAAGUCUUUCUCUCUCAUAUGCAAUCCACGCCAGUGUUUUUUGCCUGUCACGUUACCAGUCCGCUUCCAAUCACCGGACAUGGAAGAUCAAUAAUCCCUCUGCCGUUUGGAAUCGAGUGGGUUAGUGAAGUCGUCAUUCCUGUAACCUCCAUAAUCAUGUGAUGCUCUGCAUGACCAAGCUUUUUGUGUGCCUGCUUCAAUGAUCACGAAAAUAUGUUUACACUCUACAGAUGAUCACAGUGCUUUCAGAGAUACUCACGGAACGAUUGUCGAUGCAGGUGGCACCAGUGCACGAGUAAUGACGGUUGCUGCCCAUUUCAACAUGAGUACGAUUUGACCCCCUCUGUUCUGCUAUGGAACCUCCCCCUUUAACUGUGAAUGAUCAAUUUGCACUUAUUAUAGUCUCCUGGUUUGGUUCGGUUUGCUGUUGAAAAUUUCAGCUUCGUGCUGAGUUUAUUGUGUUCCGACGUUCACCAAAAUCUUUUAUCACAGAAUUUUUGAAUGAACAAAACCGCAGCAUAAAGAGAGGGCGAAGAGUGUCGUGGUCGAAGGCUGCACAGUGCUUUUUAAUCGACAGAUAUUAUUGUUUAUACUGUAUUGUGUUUGUCAAUAAACCUGUUUGGAUUUUCUCACUUGUA